AUGGCGGACCAGCACGACGUCGACCUCGAUUCCAUAAUCGACCGCCUUCUGGAGGUGCGGGGCAGCCGCCCAGGCAAGCAGGUCCAGCUGCUCGAGGCCGAGAUCCGUUAUCUCUGCACCAAGGCGCGCGAGAUUUUCAUUUCCCAGCCCAUCCUGCUUGAGCUUGAAGCUCCUAUCAAGAUCUGCGGCGACAUCCACGGGCAAUAUUACGACUUGCUCCGCCUCUUCGAGUAUGGUGGUUUCCCGCCCGAGGCCAACUACCUCUUCCUCGGUGACUACGUAGACCGUGGCAAGCAAUCUCUUGAGACCAUUUGCCUGCUGCUUGCCUACAAGAUCAAGUACCCCGAGAAUUUCUUCAUUUUGCGGGGCAACCAUGAGUGCGCGUCCAUCAACCGCAUUUAUGGCUUCUACGACGAGUGCAAGCGUCGCUACAACAUCAAGCUCUGGAAGACGUUUACCGACUGCUUCAACUGCUUGCCCAUUGCCGCCAUCAUUGACGAGAAGAUCUUCACCAUGCACGGUGGUUUGAGCCCCGAUCUGAACUCGAUGGAGCAGAUUCGUCGUGUCAUGCGGCCUACUGACAUCCCUGACUGCGGGCUCCUCUGCGAUCUCCUGUGGUCCGAUCCGGACAAGGAUAUCACUGGCUGGUCCGAGAACGACCGCGGUGUCUCCUUCACCUUCGGUCCAGAUGUCGUUUCCCGCUUCCUCCAAAAACACGACAUGGAUCUCAUUUGCCGUGCCCACCAAGUCGUUGAGGAUGGCUACGAGUUCUUCUCUAAGCGCCAGCUCGUGACGCUUUUCAGCGCCCCCAACUAUUGUGGCGAGUUCGACAACGCCGGCGCCAUGAUGAGCGUGGACGAAAGUUUGCUUUGCUCUUUCCAGAUCCUCAAGCCCGCAGAGAAGAAACAAAAGUACGUCCACGGCCUGGGGGGCAGUAGCCGGCCCACCACUCCCCGGAAGCAGUCCAAGUAG